CCCAUAACCACUAUCACCUCCCACCUCCCACCCUUCAUUCGGCUCCAACACAUCUACCGACAAGUCAAUCACUUGGUCCGACUUCUCUACAAUAAGCAUUUCCGAUGCAAGCCCCACAGAGCAUCGAGCAGGAGUUGCUUGUACUCCUCCAGCGGACAAUGGAGCCGGAGCUGGCUCCUCGACGCGCUGCCGAAGCUCAACUCGAAACGUUUUUACCCAGUAAUGCCUAUCCGGUCGCACUGGCAAACAUCGCUUCGGCCCUCGAAUUACCAUCAUCCGACCGACAGGCCGCCCUGAUCGCCCUGAAACGAUAUGUCCUGCGAUGUUGGAGCGACACAUACGAGGACUUCCGCGGUCCACUGGCUUCCCCAGAGAUCAAGAACCACCUCCGGCCGCAGCUACUCAUCCUCGCUACCGACGACCAGCGGAAGGUCCGCUCGAUCUCGGCUGCUAUGGUCGGAAAGAUUGCUACAUCUGAUUACCCAGAGGAGUGGCCGGAUCUCCUUGGCAAUCUGUUGACCUACAUCACCGACGGAACAGAUACGCAAACAAACGGAGCGCUGCAUGUGCUGAAUGACGUGCUGGAAGAGGGAUUGGCAGAAGAACAGUUCUUCGGAAUGGCUAAGCAGAUUGUUGAAUUGCUGUACAAAGUUUCCACGAACGAAGCGAGGUCGCUCGCUGUACGGUCGCUUUCGGUCUGCACUUUCAAAUCAUGCAUCGACACUUUGGGGAUGAUGAGAGGAAAUCAUGGCGAUGAGGUCGACACGUUCGCCCAAGAGGCUAUGAACCUGUGGAUGCCAUUUCUGACCAGUGUCCUUGAGACACCUAUUGCCUGGUCCCAAGACGGAAACGCGAACAGAGGAUUGGUGUCGCUGAAGAUCCAGGCCAUCCGGACAAUAAUGCAAGCAAGGCAACAUUUCGCGACCCUGUUCAACCAGUACAUCGAAAAGCUCUUCGGCGCCACAUGGAUGGACAUGAAUCAUUGCAAGGACAUGUACGUCAAAGAUUUUGUCCAAGAAAUGGCAGAAGGACGUCUGGUCGAUGUCGAUUGUCUGCCUUUCAGCUUGGACUUGUAUGUUCUCGAACAGCUUGAUUUCAUCACAUCAUGCCUCGGCAACCGAGCAGUCAAAGACCACAUCGAACAGGCAGGGUUUGGUGGAGCCAAUACGAGUCCAUUCUCGCAGAUGGUCUUCACUUGCAUCACUCUUAGUCAGAUUGCUGGAGAAGAUAAGACCAUGUGGGAAAUCGACUUGAAUGUCUUCUUGUCGGAAGAGACCUCCAUCUCUGCAAACUACACUCCUAGGACUGCUUCUGGAGACUUGAUCUUAAAGCUUGGUGAAUGUUUCCCGAGCCAAGCUAUUGAGUCACUAUUCGACCAUACUCAACGGAUUUUCGGAGCUGGACAAUCCUGGUUGAUGAAGGAGUCAGUCUUGCAUCUGUGGGAUCAGAUUCUGAACGAAUACGCAGAGAUGGAUAGACCGAUCAGCGCGGAAAUCGCACUGAGCUUGCUGGGUUACAUCGUCACCGCCAUCAGCAGUUCUGAUGAGGAAAACCAAUUCCUUCGGGCCAGAGGAUAUUCCGUUGCGGCGACCCUGACAAAGGCGACAUAUAAUACAGUCGGAGACAGGGUUACGGAGCUGAUGGAACAGAGCAUCCAUGCGUCUACAGCCGACCCGUCAACCAUUGUUCAGAUUACCGCAUUGAGGACUUUCCAGACGUACCGUGAGAAGGUUCCAGUGGAGGCGCUCCAGCCAUUUCAGGCCAGCAUCAUCGCGUCCAUCCGAGCAUUCAUAAACGUGAAGAACGACGACGACGAUCCGGAAGACAGCCAGGACGUCCUCACCGAGCUGGUAGAGACUGUUCGGUCAGCGAUAACAAUCAACUAUGCGGCUGUACUCGACGACAAUCUUCAGAUACCGCAGUUGCUUUUUGCUAUCGCAAGCAAUGGCGUCACCAACCACCACCUUACCGGGACCGUCCUGUCAACAUUUGACGAUAUUGCGGAAGGUGCUCCGGAUAUGUACGUGCCUCUGUGCUCGAAACUAUUGCCUCUCUUGAUGCAGAUGAUGGACCUAGAUGCCUCUGGCAAUGAGCAUCCUCUUAUCAACCUCGCGACUGAGGUCUUGGAGGCUCUCCUUCGGAACGGAACGUCACCGCUCCCACAGGGCUUGGUCGCCAAUGUCAUGCCUAGGCUUUCGCGGAUUUUGCUUGAGUCUGACGACACCGAUCUCGUGCAAUCCGGUUGUAGUUCCAUGAAGGAGAUUUUCCGGUUGGAUUGCGAUCAGCUACUCAAGUGGAACGAUGCUACUGGCAAGUCCGGGCUGGAGAUUUCCUUGAUCAUCAUCGACCGGCUUCUCCGGCCCGAGUUCAGCGAAGGUGCCGCUAUGGAAGUUGGUGGCCUCGCUGCAGAAAUCGUGGACAAGGCGGGUGAACACAUUGGCCAACUUCUGCCGGAGCUCCUUCGCGCCGUCGCGGCACGUCUUGCUACUGCCAGUCUGCCCAACUUUAUCCAGAGCUUGAUCCUCGUCUUUGCCCGCCUGGUACUUAAACAGCCCAAAGACGUGGUCGAGUUCCUAGCCGGCCU